AUGCCCACAGCAGGCUCAACCGCCAGUGAUGAGGUGGAGGGCAGCGACGGCAGCAGCAGCAGCAACAGCAGCUGCAGCAGCAGCAUGAGCAGCAACAGCUCAAGCCUGAACAGGACCAGCAACAGCAUGAACAGCAGCAGUGAAGGCAAGAGCAGCAGCAACACCAGCAGCAUGGAGGCAGAGUCUGGGGAUACGGGCCUAAUGGCUGGGGUGGGGGGUGCUGCUUCUUUGCCUGCAGACCUCUGCAGCACAGCCAGCAGCAGCAAUAUGCUAGCAGCAGCAGGGUCCCCCUUGGAGCAGCAGCAGCAGCAGCUGUUUCUACUGCACCAGCCACCACUUCAGCUGGUACACCCUCCAGAGCAACUGCUCCAGCAGCAACAGCUACAGCCUGUACAACAGCAGCAGCAGCAGCAGGAGACGCUGCAGGAACUGCUACUGCGUCAGCAGCAGCAGCUGCAGCUGCAGCUGCAGCAGCAGCAGAUACAGCUUCAGCAGCAGCUGCAGCAGCAACAGCUGCUGCUGCAGCAGCAGCUGCAGCAACAGCUGCAGCGGGAGCAGCAACCCAAGAGCCUUACGGGCGCCCCCCCCAACACGGGAGUGAAUAUUAUUAGCAGAGUCCUUUGCCCUGGUGUUCCUCUGGCUGGCCCAUCAGGGCCUCUCUGUCAGUGCAGCAGCAGCAGCAGCAGCAGCAGCAGCAGCAGAGGGGGGCUUUGGCACUGCAGCAGCGCGCGGCAUCUGAGCCCCUCGCCACCAGAGACAAGGGGCCUCAUAGUUGAAGGACUUAGAGAGCAGUUAGAGAGGACGUCUACUGAUACAGAUAUAGACAGGGUGUACGAAGGUGUUGCUGCUGCACCUGCUUCUGCUGCAGCCGCAGCAGCUGCAGCACCUGCUGCUGCUGCUGCCCCUGGUGCUGCUGCAGGUGAAAGUGCAGCAGGAGGCGUUUCCGGUGCUUCUGGCUUGGGGGAUGCUGGCAUUGCUGCUGCGUCUGUUGCUGCUGAGGUUGCUGCUGCAGUUGGAGGUGCUCCUGCUGCUGCUGGGUGUGCUUCCGCUGCUGCUGCAGGUAGCAGCAGCGGAGCAGCAGGAACAGCAGCAGCAGUAGAGGGGCGUCGGUGUUCAGGCUUGGUGGUUAGGAGUGUUCAGUGA